UUACAAACAUUACACUUUUAAGAGUUACCAACUCCAUAAAUUUUAAGCGUUAACUUUUUAAUUGAACGAGUAUUUAAGAAAAAAAAACAAUGAAUUAAAUUGUGUUUCCUUUCACCUUUAGAGUAAUUGGCUGACUUGAACAAGAAUAUUUUUUAAAUACUUUUAUCAGAUACCUUUAAGUGGAUUCCAAUAUAAACAAACAAUUUGAAUAUAUGGCCUUGAAACUUAACACAAUGGAUAGAAGAGCAUUGAUUGAAAAAUUCCAUCAAAUGGAUAAAAAUUGUGAUGGUGUUUUAACCCCGUCUGAAAUUCGACUCUGUGUUCAGCGAUCUGGUCUACCGCCAUCAAAAGUUGAUGAAUUUCUACGUUUAUUUGAUUUAAGCGGUGAUAAUAUGAUUACACUUCAAGAAUAUAUUUGUGCGCUUGGUUUACAACCUCCACCGCCAAAAGAUGUUGAACAAUGGAGGAGAACCUUUAAUGAAGUUGACCAAGAUAGAUCAGGACAAUUAUCACUAGAUGAAAUCAGAAACGUUUUACGGGAUUUAGGAUAUCGUCGUGUAUCUGAGGACGCUUUAAAUCGUUGGAUGCAAAGUGUUGAUAAGAAUUGUGAUCGAAUGAUUGACUUCUCCGAAUUCAGCGCAUUUCUUUACGAAAAUUGGCAAGAAUAAACCAGACUCUAACCGAGCGAUCGGAUAUUUAUCUCCAUAAAUACUUUAACAAAAUUGAAAAUAUAACUACUACUGCUCUGUUGUAUCUGUAUUAUUUUAUAUUACAUAAAUGUUUACAGAUGUGAACCUUAUUGUCAUGAUAGUAAUAUGAAAAGUGAGAUACUUGUAAGUCAUGAUUUUUUGACUUAAUAAUUGGAAUGAGUGUUCAUUUUUUGGCAACGCAUUUCAGUUUUGUUGUUUCGUGGUUGAAGUAUUUUUAAAUUAAAAAAGAUUAAUAAUAGACAUAUAAUAAUUUAACUGUUACCUUCGUGUCAUCUUGAUAAAAUAUUCUGAGAAUAUAAUGAUCUGUAACAA